UGUCUCCAAAUAUUAGAAAGUGAACUUAAUAAGCGUGCGAAAUUGUCCCAUUUUUUCCUAUAAAAUAGAUACUAACAUCCCAGCUCUCCACAUAUCACAUAUCUUCUUAUGAACUCAUCAGAAAUAAUGAGGUGGUUCAUAUGGCUCUCUCAACUCUUUUACCUCUUGCUGCUCUUCUAUUCUCAACUUCAUCAUCAUCUUCUUCUUUCAACUCUUCUUCACCACUACUGUGCUCCCAAGACCAGAGCUCUGCAUUGCUCCAAUUUAAGCAAUUGUUUUCUCUUUGGGAAUAUGCUUCUGAUAUUUGUGAUUACUAUGGUCAGCGUUCUUAUCCAAAGAUAGAGUCUUGGAAGGAGGGCACUGAUUGUUGCUCAUGGGAUGGGGUUACCUGUGACAGUGUGAGGGGGGACGUGAUUGGUCUUGACCUCAGUUGUAGCCGGCUUUACGGCACCAUCCCUUCCAACACUAGCCUCUUUCUUCUCCCUCACUUGCAACGCCUCAAUCUCGCUUUCAACUACUUUAAUUAUUCGCAAAUUUCAUCUGGAUUUGGUCGUUUUGCUAAGUUGAGAUAUCUUAACCUUUCUCGCUCCGACUUUGAAGGCCAAGUCCCACUUGAAUUAUCCCACCUCUCCCAAUUGUCCUCACUAGAUCUCUCAUUCGUCGGUUAUCUUAGUCUCGAUACAUCUGUUAUGAAGAGGCUUGUUCAAAAUCUGACCAAGCUAAGGGAACUUCAUCUUGAUAGGGUUAACAUGUCCUCUGUUUCUCUUACUUCUUUCAGGAAUUUGUCUUCUUCUUUGGCAUCCCUUACACUCGAACUUUGUGCUUUGCAUGGAAGUCUGCCAGAUCUUGACAUUUUUGGCUUACAAAACUUACGCGAACUCAAUUUAGGAACUAGCGGUUUGAUUGGUGAGGUACCAUCAUCAUUUUCAAACCUCAAGGCACUCUCUUCCUUAAGUCUACGAGGUAACUAUCUCAACGGUACGAUCCCAUCAUCACUUUCAAACCUCAAGGAACUCUCUUACUUGGAUCUACAAGGGAACUAUCUCAGUGGACCAAUACCUACGUCGUUGGGGAACCUCACCAAAGUUACUCAAAUUUUCCUAGACUCUAACUACUUCACCGGCCAUAUUCCUUCAUCACUUUCACAUCUAAAGGAUCUCAAUCUUAUUGACCUCAGCUUUAACAAUUUUCAAGGAUCAAUACCAGUAUCAUUUGGGAACCUCACAAAAGUUACUGAUAUUAAGCUCCAAUAUAACAACUUUACCGGCCAAAUUCCAUCAUCACUUUCAAAUCUGAAGUAUCUGAACGUUAUUGACCUUAGUUACAACAAAUUUGAAGGAUCAAUACCAGUGUCUCUUGGGAACCUCACAAAAGUUACUGAAAUUACGCUCCAAUAUAACAAUUUCACUGGCCACAUUCCGUCAUCACUGUCAAACCUAAAGGAUCUCACUUUUAUUAACUUCAGUCACAACAACUUUGGAGGUUUUGGUGGUAAAAUUCCUUUUUUGACCAACCUCACAAAACUCUCCACAGUUGACUUGUCUUACAACCAACUCACUAGUCAAAUGUGUGAAUUCCAACCUAACAAUUCACUACAAUAUCUUAGAUUGGAAAAUAACAGGCUUUAUGGCUCUCUUCCAAGUUCAAUCUCUAAUCUUGUGAAUCUUAUAGAGCUUAAUAUUGCAUCGAAUGACUUGAGUGGCAUUGUGGAAUUUGAUACGUCCACAAAUCUCGAAAACCUUGAAACCCUUGACGUUUCAAACAAUAGUCGGUUGUUAGGCAUCAAAAGCAACUCGAACCAUACCUUCCCCAAUCUUCGGACAUUAAGCUUGUCUUCUUGCAAGAUAACUGAAUUCCCAAAAUUUUUAAAAUCGUCAAAAUAUUUACGAUACUUGGACCUAUCUUAUAAUGGAAUCCCCAAUCAAAUCCCAAAAUGGAUGUUUGAAGUUGUGGAGAAUCUACAGUUUCUUGAUCUUCAUGCCAAUCUAUUGCAAGGAAAUCUUCCUGUUCCACCUUCUACUAUGAUUGUCUUUCUUAUGUCGGACAAUAGACUGACUGGGGAGAUCCCAUCUAUGUUUUGCAAUGCAAGUCACCUUGAAAUCUUGGAUAUCUCUAACAACAGUUUGAGUGGUAAGAUUCCGCAAUGUUUGGGAAACUUUGGUCAUAGCCUUUCAGUGAUGGAUUUGCGAAUGAACAAUUUCCAUGGUACUAUUCCUGAUACAUUUGAAAAGAAUAAUAGUCUAGCAACUAUUGCCUUUAAUUGAAAUCAUUUAGAUGGUAAAUUACCAAAAUCGUUUGUCAAUUGUACAAAUUUGGAAGUUCUUGACCUCGGAAAUAAUAAGAUUAAUGAUUCAUUCCCCUAUUGGUUGGAAGACCUUUCGGAGUUACGGUUACUUGUCUUGAGUCAUAAUAGAUUUCAUGGUCCCAUAAGAAAUCAUAAAAAUAAGGGGGCAUUUUUCUCUAAACUACAAAUUCUCGAUCUCUCUCACAAUGAGUUUGCUGGUCUUUUACCAAGAAUUUACUUUGAAAAUUUGGAAGCCAUGAUGAUUUGCAAUGAAACUGCACAAGAACCACAAUAUUUGGCACAAGAUUAUGGUCAUAAGUAUAUAGAAAAUACAUAUAGAAGAGAUUCUCCUAAAAGAGAUUCUCCUGAAGUGCCUACAGGUUCUUAUCAAGAUUCAAUAGAGCUGAUUGUGAAAGGAUUGAAGAUGGAACUACCGAGAAUCCUAACCAUCUUCACAAUGAUUGAUUUAUCAAGCAACCAAUUUCAAGGAGAGAUCCCAAAUGCACUUGGAAGGCUUAAAUUUCUCCGAUUGCUCAACCUUUCCCAUAACAGCCUAACCGGCCAUAUCCCAUCAACGUUGGGAAAUUUAUUAGCACUUGAAGCAUUGGAUUUCUCUUCAAAUAAUCUCAAUGGUGAAAUUCCUAUGCAAUUGACACUUCUAACAUUUUUGGCCAUGUUAAACCUUUCACAAAACCACCUUAUUGGACCCAUACCUCAAGGCAAACAAUUCAAUACAUUUGGUAACGAAUCAUAUGAGGGGAACUCAGGAUUGUGUGGAUCUCCAUUGUCAAUUAAAUGUAGCACUAAUGAGCCACCACCAACAAUAUUCCUAGAAGACAAUGAUUCAAUGUUUGCAAAAGGAUUUGGUUGGAAGGCCGUGUUGAUUGGCUAUGGAUGUGGAUUUGUGUUUGGAUUAGUUGUGGGAUAUGAUGUUUUUAAAACAAGAAAACCCCAACGGAUUGUAAGGUUGAUUGAAGGAGAACGAAGUGGAAAGGUGACAAGGCAUAGCAACCAAAGACGCAAGCAAAGAAGUUAAUACAUACAAUGUGUGCUAAUAGGUGAGUGUGACGAACUUCUUUUGCAUUAAUACUAUGCUAUGGAUUUAUAUAAACUUAUAUUAGAAGUAGCAUUAACAUUUGUAGUUUGGUAUAUGUUCCAUAAUUUUUCUCUAUUUACUUGCAAGGUAUUGUUGGGAGUGAUGAGGACCCUAUUAUCUACUAUGAGUUGAAGAAGAUAACGAGCUUUGACUCACAACUGUUCCUUAGAAUGUUGGGUAUUAUGGAGUGGAUCAUGUUUAUAUGAAUUGUGGUGUUGUUUUCCUAUUCUUCUAAUAAUCAUGUUCAGAUUUCAUGUAUGUAUUUGAGGUUGAGGGUAUUCUUUGUGUUUGUUUUAUUAUUGUAUCAUGUCUUGGACUUAGUUUUGGGGCUAGUGUUGUGCUCAGUUGGCUUAUACUUAUAUAUUUAUAUUUGAGGGUA